UCAGGAAGUUUUCUCCCCCAUGAACAGGAAAUCGACAUUAUGGAAAACCUGGACUUCUCAGAAGCGGAAAUCCAACAGCAGCUGGCGGCUCUUGGCUAUAAGAACAUACCGAAACACAGGCUGUUGGAGUUUAAGCAGGAUCUGGAUGAGCUGAUACGCCAUGGAGAAUGGAGAAAGCUGGCCUCUGCCACACCUCUAAAUAUGAAUGCUCGGACAACCACAUGUCAGCCGAGUCCUUCUGCCUUUACUAAAGAGAAAGUCAGCCUGAUCUCCUCUCAAGAUUUUGCUGAAGGAUUUUACUGGCAUGAAGGGAAAACAAACCAUGAAGCACAGAAGGACAGAAGCGCCGGGUGGCCGCAGAGACGCUGUGAUACAAACGCUGAACAGUCUGUGGGUCAGAGGCUGCAGCUGUCUGCUGGGGGGCCCAGCAGGCUGCAGGUAGAGCCUGAUACCGAAGACACCCUGGACUCGGCGCUGUCAGACAGCAGCACUUACUAUUCGGACCAACAGCAGGGGAGAUUCAUCAAGAGAAAGGUUUUAAGGAAGCGAAAAGGAAAAUCUCUCAUCUGUGACGAGUCGGUGUACACAGAAGAUUCAGACGCUGCGAGCUGUCUAGAGGAGCGAAUGGCCGAGCUCGAUCUCUCCCCGUCAGACCAGGAGUCCGAAGCAGAGAGCGAAGAUGUGACCGAUGAGAGCAGCAGCUCCCCGACCUCAGAGGCCGAUGGCUUCACCCUGAGUGCCUUCCAGUCCUACAUCAACGGCAUGGCUCAAGCUCAGAGCAAUAGGGAUGGAAGACCCAAACCCAAAUCCUUCAUCCGACCAGUGAGGCUUCAACCAACCAUAAAGAAGACUGAUCCAGUGGCAAAGUAUUUCCAGUACAAGCAGAUGUGGGAAUUGUUCCAACUUUCAGGAGAGAAAGACAGGAAAGCUCUUCGUUGGGAGAUAAAGGAAAAACUUGCAUACCAGCCUCUACCUGUGAGUAUCCCCCACCGUAGUGAUAUAAAAUACAAUCCUCACAGCUUCCUAGUGUUUCAGCUGGCCUUUACUCUAGGUAAAGCUGAGCAGAAACUUAUUCUGACACACAGGUGGAUUUCUGCUUGAUAAGCCACGCCCCCUGAUGCACCUAACGUUUUAGUUCUUUACCUAUUUUUAAUUUCCGAGGU